ACCCGGAAGCGGAAGCGCCCUCGCCACCACGUGCAGAUUUUCGCACGAGGCAACCAUGGCGGUGGCGGCGAUGGCAACAGCGGUGGCGGCGGCGUCGCACAGCGGCUCGGAGGGGGAGGAAGAUUCCUGCUCAGACGACUCCGAUCGCGAGCUGCAGGAAUCGUUUGCACAGGGGAAGCUGAAGCCUGGGCUGAACCUGCAGCUCAAGGCGCGGAGGCCGCCCAUCAACAACGUGAACCAGAUGAAGGGCUGCCUUAGCGAGUUCCGUCGCUUGCUGCCCUGGGUGGAGCGUCUGGAUGUCACCGUGGGCCCCCUGCCCGACGUCGAGGCGGAGGCUUCCGGCAGCGACGGGGUGGACGUGGAGAACGACUUCCGCAGGGAGAUGUUCUUUUACCGGCAGGCGCAGGCGGCCGUGCUGUUGGCCGUGCCGAAACUCCAAGAGCUCAACAUCCUGACGAAACGGCCCGAGGAUUACUUCGCAGAGAUGGCGAAGACGGACCAGCACAUGCAGAAGGUUCGGGAGAAGCUGCUUUCCAAGCAGAUGGCGAUGGAGCGCUCGGAGAAGGCCAAACAACUCCGGCAGCUGCGCAAGUACGGCAAGAAGGUGCAAGUUGAGGUUCUGCAGCAGAGGCAGAAGGAGAAGAAGUCGAUGAUGGAAUCGCUCAAGAAAUACAAGAAAGGAGUGACGGACAAGCUGGAUUUCCUGGAGGCCGACAAAGAAGGUGCCAGGACGCAGAACAAACCGUCCGCCGCGGGGAAGGACAAGAAGAGAAACCCCAACUCGAAGCGGCGCUACAAGAACGAGAAGUUCGGCUUCGGCGGGAAGAAGCGCGGCAACAAGCGGAACACGCGCGACAGCGUGGACGACGUCUCGGGCUUCCGCUCGCGCACCGCGCACGGCCGCGAGGGGGGACCGCGUGGGAGGGCCGGCAAGGCCGCCGGCAAUAUCGGCAAGAACAAGAGGCCUGGGAAAUCCGUUCGGCAGAAGAUGAAGAGCAAGAGGCGAUGAGGGGUUGGCAAGAGCGAGGGGUUUUGGAGUUGGGGGUGAGUGAAGGGCGCAACAGGAGCUUUGAGGCAGUGUGUGCUCGCUCUUGGUGGAAAUUAUUCAUCUUAAAGUUUUGGUUAGUAUUGUCUUCUUUUGUGCUUUCCCUGCAUCACGGAGUGUAUCACCCUGUGUAUUGGGGAAUUGUGCUUGGGAGGAGAGUUGCAGAACUGCCCCUCCCAUACAACGGGGGCAGGGGGGGGGGGCGUGGUGCACUUUCCCACGCUGCUACAGAGAAAUCUUUUCUCGUGUGGCCAUCAAACCGAUAUUUUUUUUAUUUGCCAAAUUUAGUGAACACCAAUGUUGCUAUGAUGGCUUUGUGUUAGCGGUUCCCCAGAUUUGAACCCUGCGGUCUUGGUGGUGCCAGCUCAGUGUCUCACCCCUGAGGCAAGCCCGGCUCUUGAUAUUGUCGACACCAGCUGAUGUACAUGUCAUGUGGUUCAUGGGGGUUCAAAUGUCGCAUUGGCGAUCUGCUCUGAUUGUUGAUGCCCGUAUUGCAAGGCUUUGUGUUCAACUUAAACCUGGUUUAUUUGUGAAAAGUAGUAAAGCGUUCCUAAAUAAAAGUAUUAAACUGCAACUGUCUAAUA